UUCCCCCCCUUGUGGGAAACAAAAGACUAUAAAACAGGCGUCUCCUUGCACAGUCGGAGCGACGAACAACACUGGGAGCACAAUGGACUUUAGCUUCUUGGCUUUAUUGGCUUUUUCCUCUUCUUUUUACAAGGCGGUGGCGUUGCACCCUCAAGGUGUGUGCCUCCUCCAAAUGGACGAGGGUCCGUGCAGAGCUGAAAUGAGUCGUUAUUACUACAAUACCAUCACGCAGAAGUGUGAGCUUUUCUACUACGGCGGGUGUCAUGGAAACGCCAACAACUUCAGGAGUUAUCAUGAAUGCCACAAAACGUGUUUUAGAAUACCGAAAAUCCCUCAAACGUGUCGCUUCCCCAUGGAGGAGGGUCCCUGCCGAGCCCUCUUCACUCGCUAUUUUUUCAACAUGACCAGCAUGCAAUGCGAGGUCUUCUACUACGGCGGCUGCCAGGGCAACGACAACCGCUUCCCAGAUCUGGCAUCCUGCAACGAGUACUGCAGCCCACGAAAAACACUUCCUGUAUUGUGCUUGGACCCUCUGGACAAAGGCAAAUGUUCCGCCUCCAUUCCGCGUUACUACUAUAAUAAGAGCACCAAGAUGUGUGAGGAGUUCAUGUACUCAGGAUGCGGUGGGAGCAGCAACAACUUCGUCUCCAGGCAUAGCUGCAUGGACGUGUGUGUUAAAGGAGGGAGAAAAAACAGCGUCAAAGGAAAAAUACGCCGCUUGAGACGAAAUCGCAUCACUUUCUUGCAAGCGUAGACUUAAUGUACACACAAAUACACACAAAACUGUAUUUCCUUGAUUUGAUUCUGACGACAGCAUGGUCUGCUGAAUUUUUUUGUAAGUAUGUAAUGUAUGUUAUAUAUGACUAACUGUGUGAAUCACCGUUUUGUAUAAAUAUCUAUUUUAUAAAGUAUUUUUUUCUAUUUGUUUG